AUAAAUCCCCCUAGCUUAGGGACCUACAACUUCACUUUUGUUUCCAAAAUCUCACUAUUUUCUUUUCCUUUACACUACUACAUCUAUCUCUUUCUGCUUUCUUUAAUUAAAAAGUUGUAAUUUUCUAAAUCAAUAUAUAUUCCUAAGGACCAACCAAAAGCAAAAAAAGAACUAUGGGAAGAACACCAUGUUGUGAUAAAAAUGGACUAAAGAAAGGUCCAUGGACUCCAGAUGAAGAUCAAAAACUCAUUCAAUACAUUCAAGUUCAUGGCCCUGGAAAUUGGAGAAAUCUUCCCAAAAAUGCUGGACUUCAAAGGUGUGGCAAGAGUUGUCGUCUUAGGUGGACAAAUUAUUUGAGGCCAGAUAUUAGAAGAGGAAGAUUCUCUUUUGAAGAAGAAGAAACUAUUAUCCAACUUCAUAGUGUUCUUGGCAACAAGUGGUCAGCUAUAGCAGAACGUUUACCAGGAAGAACGGACAACGAAAUCAAGAAUUAUUGGAACACACAUAUAAGAAAAAGACUGUUGAGAAUGGGCAUUGAUCCGGUGACUCAUAGCCCUCGUCUUGAUUUCUUAGACUUUUCAUUACUUUUCAACUCGACUCAGCUUAAUCUUUCAAGCUUGUUGGGACUACAAGCACUCGUAAACCCUGAAAUCUUCAAACUUGCAAAUUCCAUAUUACUUUCCCAAACUCAUGAAAAUCAAGAACUAUCAUUACAAAAUCAAAACUCUCAAGGGCCUGAACUCUUGCUACAAAAACUUCAACAAAAUCAAUUAUUGCAUAAUCAGUCCUCUAUUUUCCAACAUAAUGAUCAAUUGCACAACCAAAUUUCAAAAAUACCAAAUUACACCCCACAAAAUGUUUCAUCUUCAUCUUCCCAGUCCAUACAAGGUAACAUGGGGUCUUAUUUGAUGAAUGGCCAAGCAUUCCAUGAAAAUGUGAUAUCUCUUCAAAACUAUAGUUAUUCUGCGUCUGAAGUAUCUGAGAACUCAACGAUUCAAUCCUUAAACAACAAUAACAACAACAACAAUCAGAAUAGUCAGAAUUUCAAUUUUGAUACACCUUUGUCAGGCACGGAAGAAGAGAAAGAAAGUUAUUGCAGUAACUUCAAUAGUUUCAUGAAGUUUGAAAUUCCAGAGAGUUUAGAUUUUGAUGAUUUGUUGUAACAGUGAUAAUAUCCAAAAUGUUAUUAUCUCCUUUUCUUAUUUCUUUUCUUUUCUUUUUUUGUUUCAUUUCCUGUUAAAGCUAAGUUGAAUGAGCCAUUAUCAUGUAAUUUUCUUCUUUUUCCAAAUUAUGAAUACUUGCCAGAUGUUUGUUAUCCUAUAGUAUUUCCCUUU